CCGGGCGGCAGCCUCCCGAAGCCAGCGAACCGGCGGCAGGGCCGCUCCUCCUCCUCCUCCUUCCCGUGGCCCUGAGGGGAGCCGUGGCCCGGCCGCAGCGGCGCAGCGAGCAACAGAAUGUCCGAAGGAGACAGCGUUGGAGAUUCUGUUCAUGGGAAGCCUUCUGUGGUGUUUAGAUUUUUCACAAGACUUGGACAGAUUUACCAGUCCUGGUUAGACAAGUCUACUCCUUAUACAGCUGUGCGAUGGGUUGUAACUUUGGGGCUAAGUUUCAUCUACAUGAUUAGAGUUUAUCUAUUACAGGGUUGGUACAUCGUGACAUAUGCCUUGGGAAUCUACCACCUCAAUCUUUUCAUAGCUUUCCUUUCGCCAAAGGUAGAUCCCUCCUUAAUGGAAGACUCAGAUGAAGGACCUUCCUUACCAACAAAACAAAAUGAGGAAUUUCGUCCUUUUAUUCGAAGGCUUCCAGAAUUUAAAUUUUGGCACUCUGCUACUAAGGGCAUUCUCGUUGCUAUGAUCUGCACAUUUUUUGACGCUUUCAACGUCCCAGUGUUCUGGCCUAUCCUCGUGAUGUACUUUGUCAUGCUUUUCUGUAUCACCAUGAAGAGGCAAAUAAAGCAUAUGAUAAAAUACAGGUAUAUACCGUUCACACAUGGGAAGAGGAAAUACAAAGGGAAGGAAGACAUGGGGAAGACGUUUGCUAGUUAGAAUCUGAACUGACCCUGUUGCCACCUAAUCCGAGAAGAACCGUUUUGAGCCAUUGUAACAAUGCCUUUUUUCUUCAUAUAAAGUAGUUGAUUACGAGGGAGUCGAAAUUUUCUUUGUAAAAAGGAUCUUCAAUUAUUUGUAACUGAAAUGUCAGAGAGGUUCUUGAAGACGCUGGCAUUUAAACAAAAUUGCAUCGAGUUCAUUUUUCGGUCAUGUCACGUGUUUCACUCUGAAGGGAUUCUGGUAGACUGCGACAGUGGGUGAACAGUCUUAUGUUAAGGUGACGUUUCUCUGUCACCGUCACAGUCUGUUUGCAUGGCCCUCGAGUGCUUCGAGUGUGCGUAGGGAACGAGGGAGGGAAGCAUGCUGGGAGCUGCAUUUUGCUUCCUGAGUGGUACGGCAUUCAUGGGGAUGUCCCUAAGGCCUCCCUCAGAUGCAGUCGACGACCUUCAGCUGUCUGGGCACAUGCAUGAUAUUUGGGGGCCAUAAUCAAGUCAUUGAAUAGUAGAUCUGAUGAUAAAUUGAAUGCUGCCUUUUUCCUAAAGAACUUAACAUUUUAAAGGUGAUUUUCAAGUAACUGUGUUUGGGGAUCUAAUGCCAGUUUCCUAAUUGCAUCUUACUAGAGAUGUUUGAAGUUUGGCUCUUUUCAUAAUGACUCAAAACUUUGUUCUUAAUGACCAUGAUUUCUUUUGAGGGCCCUGAAUUAUAAAUAUAUAAAUAUAUAUAUUUUCAUUGUUUGAAAUUAUUUUGACACAUUUCUUUGAUACUUCAAGAAGUGGGGUUGGUUUUGUUUUUGUUUGGGGUUGGGUUUUUUGUUUGGUUUUGGUUUUGGUUUUUUUGGAUUAACUUUUUUCCUUUAUGCAUCCCCUUCAGAACUCAACACAACUGGCAGUAACAGACCAAUUUUGUGGGUUUUAACACAUAGAUUUCAUUUUCUAUGGAAAAAAAAAAUAGAACUGUGACCUGCAUGUGAACUUUUUUGAUGUGAUAAAACAACUCUAAAAUUUUAUUAAGUGACUUUUUAAUUCCAGACUUUAUUAAAGAUAGUGUCCCCUUUCUUGUGUUAGUCUUUAUAUAAGAACGCUAUAACUCAUCACAUACCAUAGGAAAACCCAGUUGGUAAAAGUAUUAAUUUUUUUCUACAACUGAAUCAUUUUAGCUUACAGCUACUGAAAAAAAAAAUACAAAAUAUUUGAAUGAAUUACCACUGUGGUCUUAUAUGCCAUAGUGAAAAUUAAUGUAUUUGCUCCCUGAUCUUAGAGUAAUGCAUAGAAUAGAUACUUUGAGAGCUAUUUUUAACAGUAUAUCCUUUAAUUGCAGAUGCUGAGUUUGGGGGUGUAUAUGGAUAUGGUCUCUAUUACCCAAAUAUAUUUAUGCAGUGUUCAGUUAUGGGAUUUCUAGAAUUGAGGCUUUAACAAUUUUUUUUUUGUUCUCGUUAAAGUACUCUUGAAAACUUCAGCCCUCUAUAUGAAGUUCAUAUUUAAGUGAUCAUCAGAACUGAGACAUUAAGCUUUCUAAGGCAAGUUACCAAGAAAACCAUUCUCUACCAUGGUUAGAUUUGUUUCCUGAAGACAUUCCAAGUAUUAUUAAUUUGAUAGUUAAAUUGCUGCCCUCUCUUGUAUGUGGUUUUUAAAAAGCAGUGAGAUGCGACAGCACUGUAUUGCACACUUGGUAAAAAUGUGAAUUUAAAGAUUUUUAUAUAACUUUUAAAAAUACGCAGUAUAAGCAUGGUAACUUUUUUUCAACACUUACCUUAAAAAUCUGCCUGUGGUUAAGCUUAAUCUGGCAAAAACCAAAGCCAUUGGAUUUAGCUUUUCCACUAGACAAGUUUCUUUCAUGGUGGGUGCUCUUUUUUCUGGGGACUGGUCACCUAGAAGCUGAUCAUGUGUUUUUAUCUACUCUGUUGGCAAGAAUCUUUCUGUUUGACUGACUGAUUAAUAACCUCUCUCUGGUCUUGUAACCCAUUAUAUUUGACUCCUAAUGUAGAUUCACCGGGUUCAGUCUCUUUGUAGUGAAACUUAACUGUUCUGUUAUCUUCUAAACUAAAUGGUUAUUGCAGGCAACUCUUAUUAGAAGUUAAUUGGAAAAUAGUUUGUGUUGGAAAGAAACAAAAAUUAAAUCUUAAUUUUAAAUUCCCCCUUCUGCCUUUCUAGGCUUCUAGCAUGCUGAAGGGCUGCUUAGAAUGUUUUUAAAGAUGUAACGGGAAUAAUCUUUCUGCUAGAUUUAAAGUUAAGACAUUUUUCUGUUGCACCUUUAAAAUGCGAUUUGUUAGGAAAGUUAUUUACUGACCAAUAGCAAUUAUUAGCUAUUGGUGGAAUUGAAAAAAAUUUAUUUUUCCACAGAUUUGUGUGGAUUGGUGUAAUUAACGAGUUCAGCAAGUGGACAUUAGAUGGACCAAAUGAAAGGGAUCAUUGGGUUUGUAGAGGACAAUCUUUAUUUGGGUUGGGUUAAAAUCAGUUACUUUGUGACACCUGACAGCAGGUGCUUCUGGAUUGGUUAACCUGUGCUUUUGUCAAGGGCCCUCCGCCUCCCCAACACUGUGAGAUUGUGCAGUCUGUGAGAACGACCAUGUGUGUAACUUCCCAAUGUCUUCAUGAGUUGGCCUGACUUUGCUGGCAGGAAAAGCACCCUGAGAGGCGGAGAACCGAAUCACCAGCCAGAGUGUGGCUUUCUCUGGCAGCAGAAUAAAUACAUUUGGUCCAGUGGA